AUGCGUGAAUAUGUCGUGCAUCGCUAUCGUCGAUCUCAAAAAUCGCACCGCUCUGACCCCGAUCUAGCUCGGCCGGCCAGACAUGGUCUAUCUGUCCUUCAAAGAGCGAAUCAGGGCUAUCAGCGUCCACUUGAGAGAAUUCUGUUCAUGUCAUAUGGUCGCACAGGCAAACGAAGACAUGAAUUGCUGGCCGAUUUGAUGAAGCCCAGUAUUCCUCAGAACACCGAGGCCGUUAAAGAACUCAUUGCUCAACCCAUCCAAUUCGAAGAUGGCUGGGAACCACCAGAGAUUAUCAUGAGUCUUGCAAAAUCUCAAAUGCACAAUGGUGUCUUGUCUUCAUCACGUAUUCGGCCUGCACUGAAAAACUUGCAUCCCCCAAUUCCCGAGGCAAACAGCUGGGGCAGACCGGUGCCUCGAGUUCGUCGAGUCAACAUCCGGAAGAAGUGGUAUGGGAAUAUGUUGGAAACUCUUCUACCGCCAAUUCCAGAUGCAGAGCUUCGAAUUUUAGAUGGGCUGAUUCAGGGAACCGUGGCCUGGGCCCCACGGCGGCAGAGGCCGGUCAAACCUGUGACAUCGCAUGGCAAUGGCAUUGAGGAGGAGAAUGACCCUUUACUGGACUUUUUGACGAAAGGUCCUCAGAAAGGUCAUACUUUCCGCGAGUUUUCGAAUGGUCGCCCGCAUGAAAUUACCGAUCGGUUCAUGCGUCGUCUGUGGAGGCGUAUUUCGUCUCUCGUUCCCCGUAUGCAGUAUAGUGUCGCGGUGAACAAGUGGUUUUUCAUUUGGGACACUCCCAAAGUCAUGCCUCAGCUGGCCUUUGAUGUGGACACCGAGGCCGAUCUCGAUCAUGUCUUUGGAAGUCCGGCUGAUAAUAAAGCCAAGGCCGGGAACAAGACCAAGCCCGAGACUCCACUUGAGAAUUUGGAACCUUCUAGGCAAGAGUCGAAGGUAUAA